AUGAUGCGCAAGACGUCCGUGUGCGCCAUUGCGGCCACUCGCAGGGCGCUCGUAGGCAACGGCCCAACUUUCCACACGGGUGGUGACAACAACAACACGUCCGACAUCCAGAACGCCUUCCCGAUGAACGAGCGCGGCAUCCGCUCCUCCUCGCCGUUCCCGGAGCCGAAUACAGCCAUCUACGAUUCGUACAUGCCCUGGACAUACUUCCAGCCGAUCGACGUGAAGGUGGACAAGAUGCCAGCACCGGAGGCGAAGUACUACCAGCAACACACAAAGAAGCCGUGGGAUGUGUCGACGACCGACCUUAUUGAGAUCCAGUCGCGCAAGAGGUACGUGCAGGGCGUGGGGUACUUCUUCGCCGUGAUCUACCUGUACUUCCUGAUGCCGAAGGAGAAGUCGUACUCGGGCAAGACCGGCUCCGACGGCUUUUUCGUGAUGCUGCCCAAGAACCAGCCCGAGAAGUUCUAA